GUAGGGGCCCCCUGCCCCUUCAAUACCUGUGCUGCCAGGCAGGGGCAGGCUGGGGGUCCCAGAGCGGAGGGAACUGGUGGGUCUGUCCCGAGAGGCAGCUGGAGGGGAUUGGCCCCUGCAUGCAGAUGCCAGUGCAGCCUUGCCUCCUGCAGCGUUCACCUCUUCACCCCUCUCUCCCCUCAGAGCCCCUGUCUCCCUCCAGCACCGGGCUGCGGUUCCAGUUCAGCCGUACGCAGGACCAGGACAUUCACAUCCUGCAGGCACAGCUCUGGCUCUAUCUUCGAGUUCCCCAAGACCUGGUAGCCAACCUCACCCUGAGCAUCUUUCUUGCUGGUGGGGAGGGCGACUUGGCCAGGGGCAAUCGCACGCUGCUGAGCGAGAGGUGGCUGAGCGCCAAGGGCAGUGGCUGGCAUGCCUUCUCCCUCCUGCCUGCCCUGCAGAGUUUCUUUUGGGGAGAGCACAGGACCUUGCGGUUGGAGCUGGAAAGCCUUGGGGACAAGGGCAAUAGUGUGGCCGUGGUCAAUGCCAGCCGGUCCCACCAGCCCUUCCUCGUGGCCGAGGCAAAGGUGAGGGAGCCGGGACACCGCGUGGCCAAGCGCAGCCUCCGCUGCAGCCAGAACUCCAAUCUCUGCUGCCGCAAGGACUACUACGUGGAUUUCCGUGACAUUGGCUGGAAUGACUGGAUCAUUAAGCCUGAGGGCUACCAGAUAAACUACUGUGUGGGCCAGUGCCCUCUGCACGUGGCAGGCAGCCCUGGGAUGGCCUCUUCCUUCCAUACAGCUGUCUUCAACCUCGUCAAAGCCAACAACAUCCAAGCGUCAGGGCACUCUUGCUGCGUGCCCACACGGCGCCGGCCGCUCUCUGUCCUCUACUUUGAUCGCAACAGCAAUAUUGUCAAGACUGACAUCCCCGACAUGAUUGUUGAUGCCUGUGGCUGUAGCUAGGGGUGGGGGAGCAGUGUUGGGACACCCUGCCUCCUCCAGGACUGGCUCUCUGGGCAUUGGGGGCAGGGGGAAAUGUCUCCCUUGAGCUGGAGUCAGACUGUGGUGUGAUGGGCCCACUUGGGAAGCUGGGGGGGAGGGGUGUCUCAGUUUGGGGAGCAGGGGUUGUGUGCAGAGAGCAUCCCAGGGAAGGGGGCCACAGGGACACAUGGGCCAGAGCAAGGCCAUGUUGCACUGCCUAGGUCUGAGCUGUGGGUGGUCAGUAGCUCUGGACUUCUCUGCCCCAAUGGCAGCGUUUCUGGGGUGCGGAGCUGAUCCCACGCUUCUGGGGGAUGGGGUCCCCUCUAUGCAUGAACCAGAGCUGAGGGUCCCCUGCCUGAUUCAUGUUCAGGCUGUCCAGUGGCAGCUUGGGACCCAGCCUCCCUGAGAGCAGAGCAGGCUGAGGCAGAGGAUUUAUUUCCUCAAAGCAGGAAAACUUGGGGGGGGGGGCAGUCCUGCUUUUCUUUCCCCACUGCAACAAGUUGUCUUGCAUCAAAUUUGGGCUGUUGUGGGGGAUGGAUGGAGUGGGGCACAAAUAUCAGAUCUGAAAGAUGAUGGUGAAGAGGAGACUCUGUCAGGGGCCCCAAAAACACAGUGACUAGACCCAGUCCUCUGCUCCCAGGAGGACACAAAGCUGUGAAGGAUGGUCUCACUUCUUGGCUGAGUUCCCUCCUAUGUCCCCUUGCAUUCCCUGGGAUUUUUGCUCUUUCCUGCCCCCAGGUCUCUUCCAGCCCAGUGCCUCCUUACAAGGAGGCUGGAGUCAGACUUUGCCUUUAAGGCCAUGCUAAAGGUGCAGUUUUAUUUGCAACUUUAGUUUUGCAAGUACUACUAUUUUAUUGUGGAGGUUUUUGCAGUUGUUGGGACUCCCUGGUGCUCCAUCCUGUCUACCCACCUCUCUACUGAAGAGCCCACUCUGCCUUUGCCUUCCUGGUACUCCUGAAUGCAAUGCGCCUGCAUGGACUGUGCUUUUAACUUAUUUUAAUACUUUGGUGCAGCUUCCCCAAUAAACGGGUGGAAACAACA